AUGGAAGCUGUUGCGUCAAGAACUCAUAAAACAAGGUCCCGCUGGGUCCAAAAGCUAUACAAUGCUUUGGGAUUCAAAAAAGGCUAUAACUUCAUCUUGUUCUUUAUUUUUGGCGGCGCAUGGAUGGGAUUCACCCUCGCUCGUCUGGAAUUCCUAGACUUCUCCACGUUCUGCAAGAAUGCAGUGCCCGGCGAGUGCUUUUAUUAUAAGGGGCGAGGAUACAUAGGACUAUACCUACACCUUGGGUGUAUCCUACCUGCUGCCUUCCUUGCGUUCUUCCAAUUUAUCCCCGCCAUCCGAUACAGGGUGAUAUUAUUCCAUCGCAUCAAUGGCUACAUCAUCAUCCUGCUUGUUUUGCUCUCCAAUGCCGGGGCAUUAAUGAUUGCAAGGCAUUCAUUCGGGGGUCUUCUCUCCACCCAAGCCGCCGUGGGCUUUCUGGUAAUCCUAUCAACCUGUGCUAUUGGCAUGGCAUAUUACAACAUCAAGCGACUGCAGCUGGAGCAGCAUCGAGCCUGGAUGUUACGGGCAUUCUUCUAUAUGGGAUGUAUCAUCACCGUGCGCAUAAUCCUCGUCAUAUCGACCACUAUUAUCUCAAUCUCACCCAAAUAUUACAUGGCACAGCCCUGCGACAAGAUCGACUUCAUGAUAGGAAAGGAACAAACACUCGAGAGCUACCCCGACUGUGCUAGCUUUUACAACGGGACCCAUCCAGACCAAAAUGUCCUUGUACUAGGCGACUUCAAUGGCGAUGCGGACAAAAUUGGGACUGCGUUUAACAUGAACUUCGGGAUGGCAUUUUGGCUGGCCUUGUUCCUUCACGCUAUAGGUGUAGAGAUAUAUCUGCAAUUAACACCAAGGGAAUCUCAACGGCUUCGCGAAAUCUCCUACACCCGACAGUUAGAAGCUGGGUUUGAAAGCCCUGGAAGGGCAGGUCUCACUGUCGACAGGUUUGGCGAUAGUGAGCCUUGGGUUUCUGGGAAAUGA